AUCUUCUCCGGUCGUCUCAUCCCUUCCUCUCUCUCUCUUCUCUCUCUCUCUCGAAGGCGAAGCCAAACUCAAUUCGGAGGAGAGGAGAGGAGAGGAGAGGAUGGGGCGGAAGAGGAAGGAGCUGCUGUCGUCGGCGCCGUGGAGGACGGGGGAGGCGGCGGACGACGAGGACGAGGCAGCCAGGCUCUCCCGCGAGGGCAAAGUCAGCGUCACCAGCAACCCCGGGGAGACGCCCACCAUGCACGUCCCGCGCGGCAGCAAGCGCCAGGACCCCCUUGACCUCGCCGUUGACGACUUCGACGAAGACGAGAUCGACCCCGAGCUCCGCUACUCCUUCCAGCGCAACUCCAGGUUCCUGCGGAGAGUAUUUAGUGUGGAUACACUUGUCAAGCCUCUUCCUCCUGUGAUGGCAUACAGUGUUUCUCGCAAUGUGAACUUUUUCUUUAAGAUCUUCACACAGUUCUGGGAUGAAGAGGGAAUUGCCAAUGCACAGAGAUCCCUUGGACUGGGGAAUGAGGAUGGCUCCCGGCGGGCCCGCUGAUUACCAUUUUGUAGCCAAACCAAGUUAAUGUGUUGAGGGAUCUUAUGCUAGAAUUUGGAGUCCUUAUAUGCUUCAAAGGACACUUGGUGUGGUUUAAGUUUGAGUUCUGCUGUUUGUUUCUUCCAUUUUGCCCUUGUAGAUCUGGUCAUGUCAUAUAUUCAGACAUUGUAAACUUCAAGACUUGUACUCAGAUAUCUCGUUCUUGUUUCUGUUUAAAAAGUUGAA